AACUUGGUUCCAAAAUAAAAGUUGCAGGUUUUACAGACUAGGGAAGGGGUGAAUUUCCAAAGCUUUGCAACCAUGGGUACCUUUGACAAGCAGAUGUCAGAACCAUCCAAUCAAAAGUCACUGGAUGUUUACAUGCAUGGAAUCGACAGACUUACUGAACCACAGGCAGAUCAGGAGUAUAGCAUUCAAGACAUCACACGGCGUCACUGGAAGCUGUGGGAUGGCAAGACAGUCUGCAGCAACAGAAGCUGCCGCAAGCCCUUCUCCCUACUGGAUAGAGUCCAUCACUGCAGGAGGUGUGGAAAUAUUUUUUGCAGCAGCUGUGUAAAGUUCCGUCGUAAAUUAAAUAAACUUGCCAACCCUGACCCAGAUGGUCGAUCUUAUAAGGUUUGUCAGUCCUGCUAUGCUGAGGGCCAGGAGACCGAGGGAAGGAUGGUCUGUCUUACGGCCGAGUUCCGGGCACUCAGAAUGUAUAAGUAUAAGAAUUCAUCAGCAUUGAGAGGUCAUUUAUCCUCGUCACGGAGAGACAAAUUCGAUUUUGAAAAGGAGUGCAGACGGCUUAUUGAAGGGUUCAAGGGGUCAAUGGGGUCAUCAGAGGUCAAGAGGACGUUGCAUGAGCUGAGGAACAUGGUGUCGAUUCCAGAGUGGCAGAAGGCUAGCAUGUGGAUACAAGAGAACCUGAGUGAUUGCUGUCACAUGUGUCGCAGCACGUUCGGAUUCCUGCGUAAGAAGCUGUUUUGUCGUGUGUGCGGGUUGGUGCUGUGUAAGGGAUGCUCGGCCAAGGACCUGUUGGUCUACUUCCCCGACGUGGAGCCUGGCGAACAAAGACCUGCUGACCCCAGACUUGCCAUCAUCAAAAUCAUUGGGUGUCCGGAGGUGGAGCCCGAGGUGAGUCUAUACCUACGAGCCUGUCCGACAUGUCGAGAGCAGAUCAUAGAACGGCAGAUCUCCCAGCUGGAGGCUGCCAUGGACGAUGACCCGAGUUCAGAACUGAUGCCGCAGUUGACCAGCAUCAAUGCCAACUUCCACAAAACUGAGAUGAAGGUCAAGACGCAUCUUCCAGAGUACCAGGAAAUUGUGGACUCCUUGGAAGAUAACAGUCGCGGAUCAUCUGGGUCAGGAUCUGGGCUUCCCAAGAGUAACAUGAAGACACUGGCCAAAGCACAGGUUGGUGUGAUAAUAACAAUAGUUGUAAGAGUUAUAUAUGUAAUCAUACAUUGCAUCCAUGCUAAAAUUGCAUCCCAUUAUUAUCUCAAUCAACAUAUCAGUGUGCAUUCCAUUGUCUCGAAUCCUUGA